AUGUCACGACGUAAACAGGCAAAGCCGCGCGCCUGCUUGAAACUUGGCGAAAAGGAGGAGGAGAAUGGCGAAGGUGGCAUCACAAAGUCGCCCAAGGCAUCUGAUUUGCUUGAGCCCAAAGAGGAGCUAUUUAGCGCCGAUGAAGAGGAUUGCGAGGAGGAUGACGAGCCAGAGGAUGGCCUCAGUGGCGAUGAGAAUGAGACUCAAAAUGAAAUUGAAAAUGUGGCUGACAUUGAGGAGGAUGUUGAUGAUUUGCUUAGUCUCAGCGCCGAUGAGAUAUACGAUGAUGAUGAGCUGCAUAGUCUGGACAGUUUUUACUCAGAUAUGUACAGCACACACACCUCCUCCAGCUACUCGCCGAGCAUCUCGGACGGCACAUUGACGCCCAACUCACAGCAUCCACAUCCACAUUCGCAUCCACAGCUCUCAGCUGCUGGUGAGGAUCCUAGCUCUGAGCAGGACAAGGCGAAUGGGGACACGGCAACAGCUGCUGAUGAGGAGCGAGAGAGGGAGAGGGAGAGGGAGCGGGAGCCAGCCAAAAUAAAGCGACCCGCUCAUUUGCAUCAUCAUCAUCAUCAUUAUCAUCAUCAGCAGGCGCUGAAAAUUGCCAACAAGUUGCGCAAAAUCAAUAAGGAAGCAAAGCUCACAGGACCCACAGGAGCUGGAGCAGGAGGCGGAGCAGGAGCAGGAGGAGGAGGAGGACAUGGUGCAGCCACAAAGUUUGAUAAGUUGACAGGCGAGGGCAUUAAGAGUCGAGGCGACGGCUCCUAUCAGUGUCAGUUCUGUGAUAAAUCAUUUCCGCGACUCGGUUACUUGAAGCAUCACGUCCAGAGCCAUGCCGAACAUUUGCCUUUCAAAUGCGAAUACUGCGCCAAGUUAUUCAAGCACAAACGUUCCCGAGAUCGUCAUAAGAAGCUCCACACCAACGAGAGGAACUACAAGUGUCCACAUUGCGAGGCCGCUUUUUCCAGAAGCGACCAUCUGAAGAUCCACAUGAAGACCCACGACAUCCAGAAGCCCUUCCAGUGCAGCAUGUGCAACCGGGGCUACAACACGGCGGCCGCAUUGACCUCGCACAUGCAGAAGCACAAGAAGAAUGCGGCAAUACUGGCAGCUGGUGGCAACCCUAAUGCCCUCAACUACAGUCCACGUAGCACGGGCUCUGCCUCCAUCUCCAGCAACGGGAGUCUGCACAAGCGACGCUAUGCAUUGGCACUCGCCUCCGACAGCAGUCCGAGUCGGAUGGAGUAUCCGAAACGUGUUCGUGGUCAGGUGGCAACCACACCCGUAUCGACAACGACACCGAUAGCCACACCGAUACCGACUCCUUUGCUGCGUUGCAGCUACUGUCCCAAGGUGACGGAGUUUAGCAGCUUGGAGCAAUUGAAUGCACAUCUGCAGCAGGCACAUGAGCAGCAGCAGCAUCAGCAGCAGGCGAGGAUUACGACGACGACUGGCGGGGAUGGGGAGACGCAGCAGUCGAAUGGCUUCCAGUUGAGCUGCGAGUACUGCACCAUGAGAUUCGUGAAUAUCGCGGGAUUGUUCCAGCACAUGCGUGCCACACACCUGGAUCGCCUGAGCAGUCCCAACUCCUACUAUGAGCACUUCAAUCGUCUGGCCACGGCGGGCACAUUCAGUCCACGUCUGGCACUGGAGCUGCCCAAGAUUAAGCAGGAUUUGGGCAGUCCACAGCAGCGGGAGCAGCGCGAGCAGCGGGAGCAGCGGGAGCAGCUCAUGGAGAAGCCGGAACAGGAGCUGCCCACCGAUUUGAGCAGCAACAAGCGACGCACAGUGACACCACCAACCACAGCAACCACAAUAGCUGCACCACAAGCGCCACCUGGCGUCUUCUUUUGCAAUCAAUGCAACGCUGGUUUGCCGGACUUUGAAAGCUUCCGUAAUCAUCUGAAGACACAUAUAGCCGAGGGCAUGCAACUGAUCUGUCCCCAUUGUGGCCUCAGUCUGCCCGAGCAGAGUGAAUAUGAACGCCAUGUGGUUGCCCAUUUCCUGAUCACCAGCUCCGAGUUCAAUUGCAGUGCCGGCAGCUGUGGCAAAUCCUUUAGCAAGUCGGAUGAGCUGCAGCAGCAUUUGAAUAGCGAGCAUGUGAUGACGCUGCUCAAGUGCAUCCUCUGCUCGGAGCUGUGCGAGUCGAGGAUGGCCAUGCAGCUCCACUUGGCCUGUGCGCACAGCCAGGAGACGAAGCUGUUGCGUUGCAGCGCCUGCAUGGAGAUCUUUCGCAAUGAUACGGACUUCCAUGUGCAUGUCAAGACCAGGCAUCAAGGUGGAACAGGCGGAGGGGGAGUGGCAGGAGGAGUGGGAGUGGCAGGAGGAGCUGUUCCCGCUAAUCCUUUGCAGUGCAUGUUCUGUCGCGCUGUUUGCAACUCCGAGCUGGAGAUGCACUUCCAUCUGGCGGCACAUGCGCGUCAGUUCCGUUGCCCCUCGUGCCCCGAAACCUUCCACGUGGAGUUCCUGCUGGACAGGCACAUGCAGAGUCAGCACGGCGGCGUCAAGGAGUCGCCGGCCAAGCAACCCGCCAGUUCACCCAACAUGGGCAGUCUGUAUGUGAAUGCCUUGUUGCCACCGCUGGCGGCAGCUGCAGCCGCUGCUGCUGUGGCCACCAACAACAAUAGCAAUCUGCAUAUUGACUACAAUGUGGCAUUCAAGGGACUCUUUGGCGGAGCAGUUGGUGGUACGGCGGGUGGUGGUGCAGCUGCCACACCCGGUGGCAAGUUCUACAGUCCGCUGCAGGUGGACACGAGUGCGCUGAAGCCACAACAGUCACCACAUCCGGCACUCAUGUACGGACUGAGUCAACGCUAUCUGAUGGAGAUGUAUGCGGCCAAGGCCACGUCUCCGGCGGCGGCAGUUGCUCCGGAUGUGCCACAGUCCACGGUUGGUGGCACGGGUGGCACAGCUGUCACCGCAGCCAGUGGCAACUACAGCUGUGGCAUGUGCGAGCGUCAGGAUCUGCGCAGCGAGGCGGAACUCCAUUCGCAUCGCAAGUUGGCCCACAAUCUGAAGACGGGAGUCAGCUUGAGAUGCGCCUAUUGCUCCGGCAACUUCAAGUCGCGGGCUGAGCUGGAGCAGCACAUGAAGAGUUGCCACAACUCGAGUGGCAAGCACAAGUGUCUCAUUUGCGACGAGAUCUUCCCCUCGCCGGCCAUUCUCGCAGAGCACAAGCUGCAGCACUCCAAGGUGGGGCAGUCCGGCAAGUGUGCCCACUGUGGCCAGCAGCUGGAGCACGUGGCCGCCUUCCGGGCGCAUCUCACCGAGCAUGGCGGCGAUGGUAAUCUGCCCAUGGCCUGCAUCUGUUGCCGCCAGACGCUGCACUCCGAGUUCGAGCUGAGUCUGCAUGCCAAGUUCCACACCAAGUCACCCGGUGGCAGUGCUGGUGGCAGCCUCCAGGAGCCGGUCUGUGCUCUGUGCCUGGAGCCGUUGCCGGGUGCCGGAGAAACAGCCAAACUGUGUGAGAAAUGCUGUCGCAAGCACAAUCUCAAUGGCAAGCGGCACAAGGAACCGACUCCAGUGGGUGCAGCUGCUCCGGCUCCGGCCUACCUGGAGAAUCGUUGCAAUCUCUGCAAGAUGAUCUUACCGCAUGCCCAGAAACUGCAGGAGCAUCUGGUGGAGCACACGUUUGCCGGCACCGAACAGCGUGGCUUCAAUUGCUACAUCUGCUCCGCCGUCUUUACCGCACCCGCCGGACUCCUCAGCCACAUUGCCGAGCACGGUGCUCGUCCCUAUGACUGCAAUCUGUGCCCCGAGAAGUUCUACUUUCGUGCCGAACUGGAGCAUCAUCAGCGUGCCCAUGAGCUGAGGCCGGCACCUCCUUCAGCUGGACGCAUUCCACCCAAGCAGGAGACGCGCAGCUCCUCGGCCAGUUCCCCACUUGCCCCGAGUCCGAGCCAUGUCAAGCAGGAGCUCUAUGAGUCCGAGACGGCACCGUCACCCGCUGCCGAGGAGCCCUCUGCCCAGGAGGAGGAGGAGUACAUUGAAGUGGAGCAGGUGGCGCACGAAACACGUUCCGGAGAUCUCCUGAAUUCCGCACACACCGAACGUUCCAGCAGCAGCGCCUAA